GGGAAAAGAGGAACAACAGCGCAGAGGAGAAGUAGCAAUUGUGAACUUUUUAUUUGGGUCAUUGAAUGUGUUCAUGCCAAAAGCUUUCUCCUUUUCCUUUUUUCCCUUGUUUUAACAAAAGCUAUUGAUUUGUCACGCGCUGCAGAGGAAACUAAAUGGACCGCUCUGCUUCGAAGUCCACCCGCAGCUCGUCCUGUGUGAAACUCUAUCUGUGCUCCAACCCAGAGGACAGCGUGGUGGAGCGCAGAGCUCUGAGAGAGAGUGUGUUCCCCAGACUUAGAGAGCAGUGUAGACAAACACUGGGACUGGACCUCCUGGUGAUAGACCCAUUUGAGUCCAAUGAUCCCAGUCGUUGGCCUGAUGAAAACAUCCGACAGUGGCUGAUUGAAGAAUGCAGAGAGAGCUCAGCAGGACCCUUUUUGCUGGCUCUGGUAGGACAUCGGUAUGGCACAGCCAGCCUGCCCGCCCAGGUGGAGGUGUCAGAGUACCAGCUGCUGCUGCAGGAGAGCCAGCAGACGGGCGUCAGCACCCACGAGCUGGAGAGAGUGUACCAGAGGGAUGAGAACACCAUCCCUCCCUCCUACUGCCUGAGACCUGCACACAGACACACCUGCUGUCCUCAGCAGGCAGAGCUUAAUGAGGAAGAGGAGAUGAAGGCUAAAGAGGACAAGCUGAUGAAGGUGUUUCAGACCACUGUGAGUCUGUGUGUCCACAACGGUCUCCUGAGCCCAGAGAGAGCCCGGAAAUACUGCAGAUCAGCCCUCGACGCAGAUCUGCGAUUUGCUCUGGAUAGCCAUCCUGAUAAUGACAUCAUGGGACGCUGCCUGGUUUACAUCCACAGGGUCGUCAACGCCGAAGGCGAGAAGAGGCAGAUGAACUCACCGCCUCAGCCAGAGUCAGAGGCUGCUGCCUUUGCUCCAGUCAAACACAACACAACAACACCAACUGAUGGACAAUUAUUCUCAGAGCUUUGUGACAACUUCCUCCCUGGUCUCAUCACUUCCUCCCAGCUUCUAGUCUAUACCACCGCCACAGAGUGUGACCCUCGCCACGGUUACACGACAGCCAGGAGGCGGGGCUAUGCCGAGCGUCUGUGCCAGCAGGUGUACUCUGACCUCUUGGGGUUGAUUGACAGCGUGAAAGUCUCAGAAACCCGCAAAGACUCUCAGCUCUGUGAUGCGUUGGCCAGAGAGCAGGCAGAGCAGGAGGAGCUGUGUGACACCCUGUCCCAACUUUAUGAUGUCAGUCGCCCAGAAGAGGAGAAGGUCAGAGCUUAUGUGAAGCAGAGCGAGCAACAGCGCCCACUAGUUGUGACAGGAGGACCGUGCACGGGGAAAGCAGUUCUGAUGGCACACUGUGCUCGACAGAUAAAGUCUUGGCUCCCAGACUGUGAUCCUGUAGUGAUCACUUAUUUUUGCAAUCAGUCAAUCAACCCUUCCCCAAAGCACCUGUUGUUGAGCCUUUGUUAUCAAAUUGCCGAUAGAUAUCGUAGCAGAUCUUCCUCUGAGCACAAUCCCAGCGACCUGGACCAUUGUAGCUGUAUAACCAACGACAGAGAAAACAAUUCCAACUGUACCUCAACAGCUGCAAGACAAGACAACCAAGACAUGAGUGUCAUGGCAUCCCCAGAUCCUAGAGGGCCUAACAGUGGCAGCAGAAAACCUGACAUCUGUUUGUCUGAGCUUAAAGAACAUCUCUCAUCCCUCUUCUCCCUCAUGCCGUCCACCAAACAGCCUCUAAUUCUAAUCCUCGAUGGCCUUGAUCACAUCGAAAACAACUUUGCGCCUCAAAUUAUAGGGAGCUUCCCAUCCCCCCUUCCUUCCUGCGUCAAACUCAUCCUCACAGUCUCCUCCAGCCGAACACAAGUCCUGCAAGCCAUCAACCCACAAAGUCUGGCGCACUGUGUGUCACAGGGCAGUGGGAAGGAGUCAGGGUACGUGUGUGAGCCGCUGGGAUUGGUGGACAGGAAACAGUGCGCGCAGAUGCUGGCGUCACUGCUGAGCAGUUCAGGGAGGAGGGUGACGUCAGGACAACAGGCGCUGGUGAACCAGGCGUUAACUUCCUGUCGUCUCGCUCUCCACGCUCGUCUCCUGCACCUGCACACCUCGCUCUGGCACUCUGAUUCAGAUGUGACUGAGUCGUCUCUCCCGGAUGGCGUCCAUUCAUCCAUUUCUGUGCUGCUGGAUCACCUCGAGCAGAAACACGGUUCGUCUAUCGUGGGCCGUGCCGUGUCGUACCUCACCCUCUCCAGGACUGGGCUUACUGAGGCCGAGCUCGCUGAUCUGCUGUCCAGUGCAGAUGAGGUGCUGUCUGAGUAUGUCCAGCAGAGUGAGAGGCCUUCCUCCAAUAUGAGGGUCCCGCAGGUCGAUGUGGAGAGACUUCUGCUGGAUUUGAGGAGGUUUCUCAUCAGGAGGACAGUUGCUGGGUCGCAUGUUUUGUCCUGGGUGAGCAGGCAUUUCAAACUGGUGGUGGCUAAGAGGUAUUUAGGCAGUCAUGAGGUGAGGCGGGAGAUUCAUUCAGUGAUGGCGGACUAUUUUAGCGGUCGAUGGGCUUGUGGAAGUGCUAAACCACUUCUUGUAAACCAGAAAUCUGGACCAAACAAAGAUGUCACCCAAAUGGAAGCAUACAUAGACAGGCAGCCUUCCAGCCAGCCAUUUGUCCUCGCCUCUUCUUCCGAAGAGGUUGGCCGAGUGAACUUCAGGAAGGUCCUAGAGUUGCCGCAUCACUUACAUGAAAGUAACAAAUGGGAGGAGCUGGAGCAUGGGCUGUUAAUGUCUUUGGGGUUUCACCAGGCCAUGGCUCGAGCAGGACUCCUGGGAGAUCUGGUAGCCAUGUUGGAGAGUGAGGAGGGGUCAUCCCACUCCCGCUUUUCAAGGGAAAGAGCACUCAUGGCAAGCAUUUUGAAGUCUUGUGCUUGCUUACUGCAGAGCUCUCCCCUGCAGCUGCCCACGGUGAUGGAGACGAGCCUCCUCCCUUAUGUGGAGGUCUUCCCUGCACUCAAGGCUUAUGUUAGAGAGAUCAGACAGGACAGGAGGGAAAGAGGAAGUGGAUUAGGAGUAGUGCUUUGCACUGCUCCCUCAUCUGUUCCCUCCAUCCUGUGCUGGAAGUGUGAUGCCAAAACCAGGCAAGUUUCUGUUACGGAAGCAGCUGGGACAGAGUGUGGGGUUGUAGCAGAGGUGAUGGAUGACGGCACGGCUUGGUUUUGGAAAGGCUCCGGGGGUGAUGUGGUCAAACUAUCGCUGACCUGUGAGCAGAAGGAGCUGCAGUUUGCAGGAGUGAAGAGUAGCUGUGAAUUCAUGCUGCUUUCCACACAAUGCGACAAGCUUUUCUUGUUGGACGUGACAGGCCCAGAAAUGCUCCUGCAGCUUAAAGACCCACUGAAGACAGAGUCUAAACCGGAGUCAAGCCAACGAACCCCGAACAAAGUUGAGGGGUUUGUUGCAUGUCAGAAAAAGUUAUUCAUGUGGUGGAAAGAUGAGAGUUUUGUGAGUGUGUUUGAUGUCUCCAGUGAGACCUUGAAUCAUUUGCAGUGUCAGAGCAGUGUCACCUGUUUGGUUUGCUCCUCUACUGGCUUUUACUUGUACUGUGGGCAGGAGGAUGGCACAGUGUCCAUCUUUGACACCAACACCAGCAGUCUCCUUGGCACGUGCUCAAACUCAAGCCACAAAGCAGUUACAGUGAUAGUCGUCUGUGAGGAUAAGUGGGAAAUGGCAUGUGUUGAGAGGACAGGGAACGUGACACUGUGGGAUGUGGCAGCCAAAACACAACCCCCCAAACUUGUCAAAGAAAGCUUCACUGGAGAUGAAUCUAAUAACAUCCUCAAUACAGAUUACUCAGAUGAAAGCCACACUUUAUUGGUGUGUCAAUCCCACCAGGUUAUACUGUGGGAAACAGUUGAUUGGGAACUGUGGGACCAGUUCUUGGCUCCACAGGGGAGGGCCUUUACUCAUGCUGUGCUGUCCCAGAAUGGCCACCUUUUCCUGGCUUUGUUAGACACCUGUCCCCUCGUCUUGGUGUGGAGGGUCAGCACAGGGGAGUGUGUCCUCUCCUUGGAAACAGAGAAGCAGCCUCGCACACUCCUCAAAAUGGACUCAGAUGUCAUGUGCGUCGCUCAUGACGGCUGCCUGACAGUGUGGGACUCUGAGAUGAUAGAUGCUGCAGGUGCAGCUCCGAGAAUGGGGAGUGGCGUGAAAGAAGUGGUGGUGGAGCAAACAAGGGAGCGGUUCUACACGACUGAUGGGUCAGAGGCGGUGUGGAGAUGGAGAUUAGAAACAGGACUUCCGAUUGGCAACUUUCUGCAUGAUGGUCCUGUGGAAAAACUACGCCUUUCUCCAGAUAACAUCCACCUUGUGACGCUCUCAGCAGAGGAGAUUUACGUUUGGCAGACAGAAACAGGUCAGAACAUCUUACGUUUGAGUGGCAGCAGAGCGACAGACAUCCUCAUCACCCCUAAUAGUAACUUCGGGGUGAGUAUUUCUGAGCGACGACUGUCUCGGGUUUGGAAGCUGACACAUGGCGGUAUUGUGUGCAGUAUACACCUGUAUCUAUCUGACGCCCAGGUGUCGCCUGAAAGCACCUUCCUCAUUGGCCGCCGCCAUGGAGACCUGUUAGCCGCCAGUCUGUGGUCGGGCUCGAUCAGCAAGCGCUUCUCCUGCGUAGCAAACUCAGAGCAUGUUGUGGCUUUCCACACACUUUCAGAGCACCCAGACUUUGUGGUGGUGAUGACCGCCUCAGGGGCAGUGUACACCUGGAAAGUAGCGGAGGAGACGGUGUGCAGGCACUUUCAGCUGCCUUACACAUUUCACUGUCAUCCGCAAGACUUCCAAAUGUCCUCUGAUGGGAGCUACGCCCUGAUGUCCACUGAUAAUGAUGCCAUCAUCCUCUUGGACCUAUCCCGCGUCAGACUGUGCUCAUUCAAGGCUGAGGGUCCCGUUAUUAAAGCUUGUUUGGAUAAAAGUGGAUGCUACGCUGCCUUUUUAUCACGGCCCACCACCCCGGAGAAAAACUGCGUCUGUUCCCUGCAUGCGCGGCCUGUCCUCACGGUUGUGCGACUCACUGACGGUGAAAGAAUCGGAAGUGUGUGUCUGUCUAAGAAUCCGUUGACUUUGGUUGUGUGUGAGCAGCAGUGUGUGUUUGUGGGCUUUGAGGACGGGUCUGUAGGUGUGUAUUCGAUUUCAUAUGUCCAGGUCAAUGGGGAGGAGUCAGUCAGGUGCAGAGAUCAUCUGAAUGGUCAGUUGAGGCAAUGCCCCUUUGACAGAGAACCAGUCAGAUGGAUGCCUCUAGCAACCCCCAACAUCACAUGGCCUUAAGGUUGCUAAGCACUGUUGUUGGACUGUGUUUUUAAACUGCAUGUAUACAGAUGAUAAAUGUGAUAGCACACCAUAGCCGCUUUUCCUCAUAAAGUGGAAACACCACAGGGACCACCGCAGGACUACUUCCUGGAGAAAGUUCCUGUGGUGGAAAUGCGGCUAAAGUGAAUAUUGUUUUGUAUUUGUAUUAUGUGUAUAUAUAGAUCUAUAA